GCACGCCCGAAUUUGCUGGGAAUUUUGAAAUUUCAUCAAUAGAAUCGUAUCAUUUUUAUCGAGUUAUUUGUGAAUGAUUCAAUUAAGUGUUAUAUAAUUUGCUUAGAAAUGGAAACUCUCAGAAAUCAGGAAAACCAAAAUGUUGGCGUUAAAAGACCAUUGCGAAAUGCUGUUGUUCGAAAGCCGUUAAGAGGUUUAGAAAACAGAGUCGGAAAUGUUCCAGUUAAGGCUUCAUUUAGGAGUAAAGCUCAGAUUGCUUCAGCUAAAGAAAAUGUUACUUCCAAGCUUGUUAAAGUGCCAGCUAAAAUAAAGCAAAAAGAGAUUCUUGAAGAUGUAAAAGAGCUUCAGGAAAGCCUCCCUGUAUUGGAAUCUCUUCCUACUGUUCGAAUACCCGAUAAUGUAGAAAAUAUAGAUGCUGAUGAUGGAGAAAAUCCUCAGCUUGUCAGCUGUUAUAUUAAUGAUAUCUAUACUUACAUGAGAAAACUAGAAGUUCAUUUUCCUAUCAGAAUGCGCCAUCUUGACAUACAGCCAGAAAUCACAGGGAAAAUGCGAGCAGUAUUGAUAGACUGGCUUGUUCAAGUUCAUCUUCGUUUCCAGCUACUGCAAGAGACUUUGUAUAUGACAAUUUCUAUUGUUGACAGGUUUCUGCAGGCUGAAAAGGUAAAAAGAUCGCAACUUCAGUGCGCAGGAGUAACUGCAAUGUUCAUUGCUUCCAAGUAUGAAGAAAUGUAUGCUCCUGAUAUAAGCGACUUCGUGUACAUCACUGAUAGUACAUAUUUGAAAUCUGAUAUUUUAAAAAUGGAGAAAGUUAUAUUAAAAAGUCUAGAUUUCAAUUUGAGCAAGCCUCUUCCAUUGCAUUUCCUGAGACGUAACUCCAAAGCUGGAAAUGUCGAUGCCACUGUCCAUGGUUUAGCUAAAUUUCUUAUGGAGCUGACUCUUCCAGAUUACGAUAUGGCACAUUAUUUACCUUCUGCAUUAGCGGCAGCCUCUCUUUAUUUAUCACUGAAGUUAUUAGCUGAUAGCCCUUGGUCUGAAACUUUAGCCUUUUAUAGUGGUUAUUCUGAAAAUGAAAUUCUGCCUAUUGCCAAAAAAUUGUGUAAAAUUUUAAAAGAAUCUGAAACAUCAAAACUUCAGGCAAUUCGUAUGAAAUAUUCAAGUAGCAAAUUGUUCAAAGUUAGUACUCUCCCUCAGCUGAAGUCUCCUUUGGUGCUCGAGUUAGCUAGUUCAGUCAAAAAUUAGUGUGUGUGUCUUGCAUUUUAUAAAUACAUUAUAUUAACUGGACUCAAAUUAGACUAUGGCUAUAAAUUUUAGGGGGAAGUUUAUGUAUAUGUAGACAAAUUUUACUUGAAUUAUGUUCUUAGUGAAUGCAUUUGUAUGUCUUAUUGCUGUAUACUUUUGUAAAUAUCGCUGCAUGAUGUAUAAUUUUGAAUUAAAUGGUAUUAAAUACUUUGAAAGCGUGUGCUUUUACAUAACUUAUUGUAAAUACCAACAAAUAAAGUGAACAUUGCUUUCUUUUUCCCAUUUGAAUGACUAGGCCUUUUUUUCUUCUAACAUCAGAAUCUAUAAAUAAAAGUUAAAUAUGACACUUUGUUAUAAAUUUAUCUAAUCUCUAGUUUCUAAAUCCAUGAAUGGAAAUUGGCUUUUAUUGCAUCUUGUUUAAUUUCUUUUUUAUUGUUACUUUAGAUUAGUUAGUAGGGCUUCUUAAACUCUUUCCUUACAGAAAUUGGAAUUAUAAAAGAAAAGUUCAGAUUAUGCCCCUGUAUAGAAUCGAAGGUCAUAUAGAAUUUAAGAAGCCCUCAAUGGCUCUUUUGCCAACUUUUAUAAAUUUUUAUCUUGAGGUUUAUGUAAUUUAAUUUGGCUUUAAAAAUAACUCCAUCUAAAUUUAAUCUUAUUUGAGGACAGUUAUUGU